GCAUUGAGCCAGUAUGUAUUAAGUAGGGGGUUGUGUAGGGUGGCUGCAUUUUGCAUGUUUGCUGCUGUGCCGGGAUUUGGCUCGUGGUCGUGCUACAAAUUCUGGUUUCUUUCAGCACCACUAAAUUUCUGUUACCGCCUCUUUCACUCCAAGUACCACCUCGCAACCACCAAGCAAAUUCAUAACGCUUUCUUCUCUCCCCAAACGCCAACAUCCACCGUGAGAGAUCUAGAGUGCCUUCUCGCUCCUUAUGAGAGCAUGUGUUGGCCCAUGCAAGCGCUCUCAGCCGACGUCACGGGUCCAGACGUUAUUGAGCAAAUCACUGGAUGGACGCCCGGCAAGCCGUCGUCAAUGAAUGCGGCACCAGCGGGAGUUCCGCCAAGGUUUUUGGUGUUAGCCGCUGAGCACGACGUUCUGUGUAUGCCGCCCGUGCUUCUUGAUGCAGCGAGGCGGUAUCAUGCUGCUUUUCACUAUUGCGUUAGGAUGGGUAAACUAGACGGUGUGAGCGAGUCUGAUAUAAGGGUUAUGCAGGAGGAGUGGGAUGGCGUGAUAUUUAGGGUGGUCAAGGGGGUAGCUCAUCAUUUGCAGAAUUAUGUUGAAUGGGACAAGGGUGCCAAAGAGAUCUUGAGUUAGGCGGAGAGGCUUUGAGGAGAUGAUGUGCAUGGGGAACGGUGGAACAUACCACCACGCUGAUGCUCGUAAGCAAGUCUGUAUGGUUUUAGUGAAUCUCA